AUGCAAGAGUGCAUCGAGAAACUGGGCUUGCUUUACGACGAUCUUGCGGGAAUCCAGGCCGAGGUUGCGGCGAACGACAUCGUCAACAGGGCGAAAGCCUCCGCAAAAGAUGGAGAUGUUCUGUGUGUUACCGGCAAAUCUGUGGCGGCUGUUUCUGCGGGCAACGAGGAACGAGGUUUGUAUAAGGCUUUGUUGGAAACGAAGCUGCUUGUAGACAUCCCAUGGUCCUAUGUCAACAUCGGAGAGGGUUGUCUCAGUGAGCAUCCUUGUUUCAAGCCUAAAGACCUCAUUCAUGCUCUUGCUGAAUUGGGAAAGUUUGAUACUGUUAUUGGGACUCCGGUUGACACCUCGGCCGCCGUGCUAUCUGAUUUUUGGGAGAAUUUCGCGAAGGAGUUUGACCACCCUGUCAAUGCAGAGAUUCAAUCUGGAAAGCUGAACCCUGCUGUUUUGGUGCCCAUCAACAUUCAUGGAGAUGGUGGGAGGACUUUUAAAAAGUCUGAAAUAAUGAUAUUGCAAUUUCAGUCUGCCCUCGGGGGUGGCUCGAGGCUCAGUGGACAAAAGCGGAAACUGCCUUCGGGAGCUGAGGAAGCCGGCUUCAACCUGAGCGGGCAUAGUCUGGCCACUCGGUACUUGAUGAGUACCCUUACGAAGAAAUACUAUAGCGAGGACCCUACACCGCUGCUUCAGCUUUUGGGCUGUGUUUCCGAGUGGCUCGGGGACUUGUACGACAACGGCUACGAGUACCGAGGCCAGGUUUGGAGAUUUGUUCCAUUAGGCAUGAAGGGAGACUUAGUCUUCCAAGCAAAGGCGGCAGGGCUAGAGAGGUCUUUCAGUCGUGUGCGCAAACGGAAGCUGACUGCAAAUUCCAAACCAUUGGCUGGUUGCUGCCCGUGGUGCCUCGCGGGCACGGCUGACGUGUCCUUUGAAUGCUUUGACAAAGAUGCUCCCUGGAUGCAAACUACGGGGGCUCGGAACCCAGCGCCUUGGACAACGACUCCGACAACAAUCCCAGUGGCCAACGACCAGCCGUCUUUCUUGAAACCAGAUUUAUUUCACAUUUUGCAAAUGGGAAUCUACAAAGAGUUCGCGGCGAGUGGACUCUGCCUGGUGUUGCCUUUGUUUGGUGGUAGCUCGCAGGACGAGAAUAUGACUGCAAUGAACCAAAAGCUUAUGCAGUAUGUCAAAGAAUCGAAGGCCCAACUUCACAUGCCAAAGCUCACUCUGGACUUGAUUGGUGCCCGAACUCCAAAUGCUUAUGCUUCUGGUGGCUGGAGCAAGGGCCAGGAUUCUGUGAUCCUGAUGGGCUUCCUUGAGUGGUUGCUUGGAGCCUUGGUUCUCAAA